AAUCCAACAUGGCGGGUGAAGUUACUGUUGACGCUUUGCCGUAUUUUGAUCAGGGAUAUGACGAACCAGGUGUGAGGGAAGCGGCGUAUGCCCUUGUAGAAGAAGAAUGCAGAAGAUACCGACCAACAAAGAAUUAUUUAGAAUAUCUGCCCCCUCCAGAUUAUGCAGGAUUUGAAACAGAAGUCAUGAAAAAUGAAUUUGAAAGAUUAGCAUCAAGACAACCAAUGGAAAUGCUUAGUAUGAAAAGGUAUGAAUUACCGCAGCCACUACCAGGAAGACAGAAUGAUUUGCUAGCUUGGAAUGAAUGUAUAGACAAUUCAAUGGCACAGUUAGAGCAUCAAUCUACUAGAAUACAGAAUCUGGAGUUGAUGUCCAAGUAUGGUAGCAAUGCUUGGAGGGCUCACAAUGAGUUUUGUAUUCUUUCAAUGAAUAGAAAACGAAUUCAAGAAAUAAACUGGGAACGCAAAAGUAACCAGACAAGAGCAGGCUCAAAAAUUAAAGACCUGGAAAACAAUUGGGUUGGACUGGUGACCAAGAACUAUGAGAUAGAAAGAGCCAUACUAGACUUGGAAAGGGAAACUGAAACACUGCAACAAAAACAAAAACAAGGACAGCACUGACAGUUGCAAGCACUACUCAGUACAACAAAACUUUUCAUCAGCUGUAAUUUGAUAUCCUAACUACAUCAUGAUGUUUAUUGCAGUUUCAUUAUAAACCAGACCAGCUGUGCUGAACAGUACAUAAAAUUCAGUGUUCAGAUUGUGUAUUUAGAGGAGCACUAUUCGUACGAUUCUGAAUUUUGCCGACAUUAAAAUCAGCAACAUGAGUAGAUGGAAAAUCCUGAGUUGUAUUUGUAUCUUUUUAAAAACUUUGUACUGCUUUUCAAAAUCUUCAACAAAUCUUCACACAAAGCUCAGACUUUUUUUAUUAAUGUUUUGUAUUGGAAUCUUUUACCCACCCCCAUCCCACCCCUACCUUUAUUUAAUUACGAGUCCAUCGCAUCAGCAUUAUUAAACUUGAACAAGUUUGGAGACACUACCACCAGGUACAUCUCAACAUCAAAAUCAUCGCUAUCAUCACAGAACAAUAGUUGAUUGUAGGUUCUUAUUUUUUAUGAUUGAAGCAUGUUUUCAUCCUGUAUCAAAUCACAGUGAUUUAAUAUUGCUAUUUUUGAAUAAUAGGUUGGCAAGCAGAUAUAUUACCGCGAGACACAGAACUGGCUUCACUUACAGUAGUAAACAAUCAUUAUGAGUGGUUUUAAUUGGUUCUGUGUUCAUACGCAUAGCUAAUUAGUCAGUGUUGAUAUCGGCCGUCAUGUUUCUUUAAAGCGCGGUGGUCAUCAUGUAAUUAAACAAUGUUUUUCACAAGCGUUGUAUACGUCACUAUGAGUCCCAUAUCGAACAGGACGCAACGCGACGACUGUCGCCCUUUAAAAUACUUGCAAUGAAUGGAACUCCAGAGCGAGGCUGACAUUUAGAGCGUACUUUUAAGGCGGUGUUAUUGUUUACACCCGAUAAAACUGUACAAGGUGUCGGUCAAGACUUGUCAUUUUAGGGUGUCUUAAACUAAAUCGUCGCGGCACUGGCUUAUCUUGUUUAAUACGGCCGGUUUAAAUAUAAAGCUGUGGUCUCCAAACCGGCAUUUGGCACACGUGAACACAAUACAAGUCGUGUUACACUUAUCUAGAAUGGAAAGCUUGUUAUAGGUGAAUACACAUUGUUGCAAAAUAUAAGGUGUUUUUAUGUAAAUUUUCAAGGCAGUGUUAUACUGAAAUAAAAGAGAAAUAACUUUGAAA